AUGGAGGCUCAGGACGUGAAAUCAAACCUGGUCCUCAUCCUAGACUUCGGCUCGCAGUACACCCACCUCAUCACCCGCCGGAUUCGGGCCCUCAACGUCUUCUCCCUCUGCAUCAACGGCACCUCCCCCUUGAAAGCCAUCGCCGACCUCAACCCGCGCGUGAUCAUACUCUCCGGCGGCCCCCACAGUGUCCACACGACGGAGGCGCCCUGCUUCGCACCUGGUUUUAUUGACUACGUGGAGUCGAACCGGGUCCGUGUCCUGGGCAUAUGCUACGGGCUCCAGCUGAUUGUGCAGCAAUUGGGCGGCGAGGUGAGGGUCGGUGAGAAACACGAGUACGGGAGGAUGGAGAUCGAGGUGGAGGUCGAACGGGGGCUUUUUGGGAAUAGGAGUGUUGGGGACAGGCAGAGUGUGUGGAUGAGCCACGGCGACGAGGCGGUCAGGCUGCCGGAGGGCUUUCAGGUGGUGGGGAGGAGUAAACAGGGAGCUAUCGCGGCCCUUCAAAAUCAGGAGAAGGGGUUUUACGGGUUGCAGUAUCAUCCCGAGGUAACCCAUUCACAACCAGGGGGAAUGGAAACACUGAAACACUUCCUCUUUGACUUAUGUGGAAUAACGGCUGGCUGGAAAAUGGAAGAUGUUCUUGAAGAGGAAUUGAAAAUCAUCAAAACCACGGUUUCGCCUGAUGAUCAUGUCAUCUGUGCGCUUUCUGGUGGGGUUGACUCAACAGUUGCGGCUACCCUUGUCCAUAAGGCAAUUGGAGACAGGCUUCAUUGUGUUUUUGUUGACAAUGGAUUAUUAAGGUGGCAAGAGAGGGAGAGGGUCAUGGAGACAUUCGAGAGGGAUCUUCAUCUACCCGUUACCUGCGUUGAUGCUGUGGACCAAUUUUUAAGCAAGCUGAAGGGUGUCACGGAACCCGAAAAGAAGCGAAAAAUAAUUGGAAAUGAAUUCAUCAAUAUUUUUGACGCUUUUGCCCAUGAUUUAGAGGGAAAAUUGGGGAAAAAGCCUGCUUAUUUGGUUCAAGGAACCUUAUACCCUGAUGUGAUUGAAUCCUGUCCACCACCUGGAAGCGGAAGGACACACUCUCACACGAUAAAAAGCCACCAUAAUGUUGGGGGUCUCCCCAAGGAUAUGAAACUGAAGCUUAUUGAACCACUCAAACUUCUAUUUAAGGAUGAGGUUCGUGAACUUGGAAGGAUUAUGGGGGUCCCACAAGGGUUCUUGAAGCGCCACCCUUUCCCUGGGCCUGGCCUUGCAGUACGUGUUCCUGGUGAUGUUACUUUGGGAAAUCGUCUUGACAUCCUGCGCAAGGCCGAUGAGAUUUUCAUUCAAGCUAUCAAGGAUGCUGGGAUUUACGACUCUAUAUGGCAAGCUUUUGCUGUUUUCAUGCCGGUGCUAACUGUUGGUGUUCAAGGGGACCAGAGAACUCACAGUUAUGCCAUUACUCUUAGAGCUGUCACGAGUCAAGAUGGAAUGACUGCAGAUUGGUAUUACUUUGAUCACAAGUUUUUGGCCGACCUAUCCACAAAAAUUUGCAACGAAGUUGCUGGUGUAAAUCGAGUUCUUCUGGACAUCACUUCUAAACCUCCAUCGACUAUUGAGUGGGAAUAA